AUAGAUUAAUAAAAUAAUAAAACUAAGAAUACAUAAAUAGGGGGUGAGUAGAGAGUGAGGCAAAAAUAGCAAAAUAAUACUAGCGAUGGGAAGAGCUCCUUGCUGCGACAAAGCCAAGGUGAAGAAAGGGCCAUGGUCUCCCGAAGAGGACGCCAAGCUCAAAUCCCACAUCCAAACUCACGGCACCGGCGGCAACUGGAUCGCCCUCCCGCCCAAAAUAGGCCUCCAGAGAUGCGGAAAGAGUUGUCGUCUUAGAUGGCUCAAUUACCUCAGGCCUAACCUCAAGCACGGCGGUUUCACCGCAGACGAAGACAACUUAAUCUGCACCCUCUACCUCACCAUCGGAAGCAGAUGGUCGGUGAUCGCGGCCCAGUUACCGGGAAGAACAGACAACGACAUCAAGAACUACUGGAACACCAGGCUCAAGAAGAAGCUCUUCCCCAAGCAAAGAAUCAGAUCCGACCCUCCACCACCGCCGCCGCCGCUGCUCCAAGAAAGUUUCUUGUCUUGUACUAAUAAUUUGGAAGCUGAUUUCCAACAUCACAACUUAUGGGAGAAUUCAACGGCCAUGAUUGAUCUUCCAUCACAAAUGGGAAUAUACAGUGCGAUGCCACAGCUUCACACUUCUUUGCCAAUGGCAAAUGCUAUAAGCUGGGAAGAUAUGAACAAUUAUCAACCUUGGAUUGUUUUGGAUGAGCCUAGGUUACUACCUUAUUCUCAAUAACCACAUCUAUUUUUCUAGCUUCAUCCAAGGAAUUUAAUCCCUUGUCCUGUUUUGUACUGUCACUUUCAUAUGCAAAUCAAAUCCGAAUCUUCAAUUUUUAUUUUC